AUGGCGGUGUGAACGACAUUUAAUGAAGACUUGUUUUGACCUACCUUUACAGAAAAUAUGAAAACUACACGACGAAUAAAUCGUGGUAUAUGCAACUUUGCAAAUGUUAUCGAGUACAUAAAGCAUGGAAAAUACCCAAAAUACGCUACUGACGGAGAAAAACGAAGUCUUCGAAAACGUUCCAAGAGCUUCAGGCUAGAUGGCGAUAAUCUUUACUAUUUGACGGCUCCAGCAGAAAGUAAUGACGAUACAGUGUCAGAAAGACAUGAUCGUUUGGUUCUCUUGACGGAUGAGCAGCGACUGGAGGUUAUCGCUGAAGCACAUGUAGAUUCAAAAGGUGUACAUCUGGGUCGAGAAAAGGCCACAACACUUAUCAACAAAAAGUACUAUUGGGUGGGAGUGUCCAACAUGGUGAGGGAGUAUGCAAGGACAUGUCAAGUUUGUCGUGCCAAUAGAAUGGCCCAAAGCCAGGCCUACGAACUUUACCGAGCACAAAUAACCAGCACACCUAAGGAUGAAGAAGAAUUCCCUGAUGUAGAGACAGCAUCAUCAUUGUCCUCAUCCUUUAUGUCCACUGCAUCUGAUGUAGCAGAUGACUGUGUCAAAAUGGAAUGGCAAAGUCCAUCAGAACCUGUGGCAUUUGGUGAAGCGGUGGAGCUGUCUGUUUUUGGGCCACACAAGUGUCAGGGCAGUAAUCAGUACGUGGUUGUUUUCAUGGAUGUGUUCUCCGGUUGGCCAGAAGCUUAUAUUUUGCAUAAGGUGACACCUGCCGAUAUAACACACCUGGUGAUGAAAUGGAUUUGUAGAUUUGGAGUGAUGCAUAACCUGAGUGUAAAGAAAUGUGGACCCAGCACCAUACCACAAUGUCAACCAUUGUCCACAGUAUUGAAAGAUAAGGGCCUCUUUGACAUUACUCUACAUCAGAAUUCAACUGUUUGGAAUUCAGCUGCACAGUGGAAUGAAGUAGAAGAAAAACUUGUCAGUUUCAUUCAGAAUAAUGAGUGUUGGGAUAAAUGUAUCGAGUUCGCCCUAUUGCCUCUGCGAAUAUCUAGAGGAAAAGAAGCGGAGUAUACACCAAGCUAUUUAACAUUUGGAAGGGAAUUUCGCUUGCCCCUGUACCUAUCUCAUCGGGAAGAUGCCAGCUCUACGAUUGCUACAAUGGACCCCCAUCUGACACUAGACCAGAUGCAGAGCUCUACUAAUAGACUUGUCCAGCUCUACACAGAUUAUGCCCUUGAUUUGGGGAAAGAAUUCAAAGAACAAAACAAUGAGAUGGUAGACACUACAGACUUUAAAGUACCUACCAUCUCUAACACAUCUGGUAGGAAACGUGGAAGGAAAAGACGGCAGCAGAGUGACGAGGACAUACAGGUGGAUGAAGAGGACAGUGAUCAUAGUGAUGCUAUUUUCUCUAGUGACAGUACAGAGAUUAGUACAGAUAUUCCUUUAUCAACACCACUGCCAACAGGGGCGCGGAAACGCAAACCCAGAUAUUCACAGCAACUCAAGGAUAGAGUCAAAAUAGAGAAAGAAUCGGAGGCUGAUCGUGAUGGAGAUUUAGAUAAACAUGAUCAGGAGAUAUGCAAGGUUUCUUUAGACGUGUUCUAUGGAAGCAUUUUGACAUACUUGCAACAACAAACUUACCCUCCAGGGUGUAGUGAACACCUGAAGCGAACAGUCAGGAAAGCUCAUACUAACUACUCCAUAAAAGAUGGAAAGCUCAUGUACAAUGUGGGAUCUACCAGUAAAAGGCAGGUUGUCACCAAACUGAAGGACAGAAUGAAACUCCUGAAAUCUGCACAUAUAGAUGCUGAAGGUAAUCACAUGCCCGUACGACAAGUUAUGAAGUCGCUAUCCUCAUACUACUGGAGAAGUAUUGUGACAGAGUGCCAGGCAUUUGUAGCUGCUUGUCCAGUUUGUGAUAUGAAACAUUCAGAGAAAGGAAAGAAUGUUACGGAAGUACCUACAAUGGCUAGAAUCCGGAGAUUUGAGAAGAUGGCAGAAGUUGCUGAGAAGCACUACUCCUUACUUAUACAAUAUCUACAGAAGUCAAAGUUUCCAUCCUCCACUAAUGGUCAAGAUAAAGCUGCAGUUGAAAAGAUAGCUGACCAAUUCAAGCUUGUCAAAGGGGUCCUGUAUCUGAUUGACAAGACCUCCUCUAUGUGUGUAGAAAUAGCCAGUCGGGCACGCAAAAUGGCCAUCAAGUCUGUUCAUAAAAGUACAGGAGCUGUUGUCCCUACAUUUGAAGAUCUAUGUGGAGCUGUCAGUCAGAAAUAUAUAUGGCACGGCCUGACCACAGAUGUGUCUCACUACUUAAACUCACUGGAACCUACAGCUCAGGAAUGUACCCCUGUCAACAGACUAUCACUUGUGGAGAAGAAGCAGUUGGAGUUCCUGGAGUAUUUUAAUGAUGAAAAGACAUUUUUUGCGAAAUAUUGCAAUCAGUCUACGACCCAUUCAGCUGAGGAUGACGAAGAAGAGAAUACUGAGUUUACUACAGAAGUUGGGCUGGACAUGCAUGUGUCUGAAGUGGAGGAAGCCAGUGAAGAACAAUCUAUCAGUGUUGAUAACAGAGAAUCUGAGGUGCAGGAUAAAAACAGACAGUGGUUGUAUGUUGUGUCGACCACAAGGAAUUCAGCCGAGGCUGAGUCUGAAAUAACUGUACACAUAACGGAGGAAAUGGAAAAUGACAAUAAAGGCAACAAAGAGCAGUCAUCACUGGUAACAGAAAAAGGAGGAGUUGUUGGAAAGAAAUCUCAGAUGAAUGACCUUGGUGAAGGAGGAUUGGUACAGCUAGCUAAUGCUCUGGCCCUGGUGUCUGAUCCUCUGACCGAGGCGGCUGUCCAGUCCAUUAUACAGGGGGAAGACUCCUCACAGAAGGGCAAAGUCACACUUCCCAAAACUACUACAACUAAGGCAACAAAACCAACUGGGAAGCAGGCCACUGUGAAGAGAUUGGGGAUGGCAAGAAGAAGAAGAAAACAUGUUUGUUUACAUGUAAUAUAUGUAACCAGGUCAUCCGGGGAAAUGUUCAAGUUUAAAAUCCACUUGGCUAAACACAAUGGUCAGAAACCUUUCCAGUGUGAGGUGUGCAACAAGCGAUUCACAAAUAUCAAGUCCAGGAGGCUGCACAUGCGUAGACACACAGGAGUAACGCCUUAUCUGUGUAAUCUUUGUGGAAAGAAGUUUACAUUGAUUGGAAGCCUUAAAGCGCAUAUCAAAAUCCAUGAAAAAGGCGGUAAUGUGAAAACAAUUUGCACAAUUUGUGACAGGGUGUUUGCCAGCCAAAACCGUUAUGACAGACAUAUGAAGUUCAAACAUCCCAGCACUCCGCCGGUCUACAAGUGUGAUGACUGUAGCAAGUUCUUUACCACCUCCAGGAGCUUGAGGCGACAUACAAUGUCUUUCCACAUGAAUGUCAAGUACCAUCUCUGUGGAGUAUGUGGGAAAAGUUUCUUCAGAAAGGAGUACCUGACAUCUCACUUGGCUCAACAUCAAGGUCUAUCAGGUGUACGAAAGGUUGUAAAAAGACGCGAGUCCUCCAAGAGUGAACUUAAGGAUGAAGUGAUUCGUGUUGAGCACAUUGGCCCUUCAGUAGUAGAGCGGCAUGUUCAGCACAUGCCAGAAACUGGAAUGAUAGUGGUUGAUUCUUCAGGUUUACAUGUGAGUCCCUCAGAUAUCCAAGAGAUCCCUCAUGCUGAGUUACACACUUUGGAUCAAUCGACUGUACAAAACAUUGGUUCCUCAGUGAUGCGCCAUGUUGGACCUUCAGAUGUGACUCAACCAUCACAAGAAGCGUUGGAGACCUAUCAGGCCACACAUAUUGUGGCCAGUGGGGAUGUCGCAUCAGACAAUAUGGUCCCAGUCACACUGUACUCCAACUCACCAGUUCACUACACAGCCACAGGGGCUCAGGUGGAGAACACCUACUACGCCAUAGAGACUCCUAGUCAGGAUGAUGAACAGCAGGUAGCUCACACAGUAGUGUAUGGGUACCCUGCUGUACAGUAUGAAGUGGAGUGUAGCUCUGGAGCUGAUCAGCUCAACAGUGAGGACUUGUCUGCCAUAAAUCUCCUCGCACAAGCUAGUGUAUGUCAAGGCAACGAGUCCAUUACCUAUGUCACGCACGGAUACCAGUAAUGUAUGUCAAGGCAGCGAGUCUAUUACCUAUGUCACACACGGAUACCAGUAAUGUUUGUCUAGGCAGCGAGUCUAUUACCUAUGUCACGCACGGAUACCAGUAAUGUAUGUCUAGGCAACGAGUCCAUUACCUAUGUCACACACGGAUACCAGUAAUGAAUGUCUAGGCAGCGAGUCCAUUACCUAUGUCACACACGGAUACCAGUAAUGUAUGUCUAGGCAGCGAGUCUAUUACCUAUGUCACACACGGAUACAAGUAAUGUAUGUCCAGGCAGCGAGUCUACUACCGACGUUGCACAUGAAUACCAAAAAUGUAUAUGUCACAGCAGUGAGUCCAUAUCGUAAUUCACAUCUACCUGUGUUGUAUGUUUGGUCCAUUACUUAUGUCAUACACAGAUACCAGUAAUGUAUGCCCAGGCAGUAGUCCAUUACCUAUAUGUCACAAAGAUACCAGUAAUGUAUAUAGAGGUUAUCUAACAGUGUCUUCAGUAAUACCAAAUCUAUUUUACGAGUAGGGCAAUAUUUUGAUAUUUUUUUAACGAGUGAAAAAUAUGAAAAUAUUAUCCACACGAGUGAAAUAUAUUUGGUAUUACAGAAGAUAUAUAUACUGUUAGAUAUUCUGUUAAUUACAUUUUAUAGCAAAAUAAACUGGAUCAGCUUUCAUUUUUCCCCAUUAUUGUUUUAAGCAGCGUUUUGAUUGGUCAAAUCAGAAAAAGUGAUAUUUUUCACUAGUAAAACAUAUCGCUUUUAUAGAAUGAAUAAUUUUUGAUAUUUCACUGGUAAAAAUGUAAAAAUGUACAGUGUAUGUCAGGGCAGUGAGUGAUUGUAAGUUGAGAGCCUCGUAUUGAAGGAUUUGAAUUUUGCCAAACAUGUAUUACUUUUCAACAUAAUCCCCUUCAGUAUAUAUACACUUUUGCUAGCGAUGUUUAAGGGCCUCCAUGCCGCUUUUAUAGAACUCCUUUUCUUGGCUGUUCAGAAAGUCAUCCACUGCAUGUUAGGGUUAGGGUUAGGGUGCCUGAAAUAAUUGUUUUCAGUUUUGGAUAUAGAUGAAAGUCUGAUGGAGCGAGAUCAGGUGAGUAAGGCAAUUGCUCAAUCAAUUAAAGCCACAAUCAUGAAUGGCAGCCAUGGCAAUGACGACAGACUCCUUCACCUUAUAGCUAACCCUAACCGAUUUUGUCCCAUUUGCAAAAGCCGCUAGUCUUGUUAAAUUUAGAGUGCUACCUUGUCGAUAUAAACUAAUCAAAUGAGACCAUUCCUUGGGUACACGGCCCUAUAUAGUCAGAUAAUAGUAGGACUUAAAAAAAACAUCCUUGAGUAUCUCCUUCAAUAUGAGGCUCACAACUUAUCAAUCAGCCCUCGUAUGUCACAUUAAUAUCAGUGGUGUAUGUUUGGGCAGUGAGUCCAUUACUAAUGUCACACAUGGAUACCAGUAAUGUUUGUCGGGGUUGACGAGCUCAAGUCCAUUAUCUUAUGUCAUACAAAGAUAUAGUCAAACUAGAAUGACCUGUCGCAUUGACGUUUUCGUGGAAUAUUCAAAGUGGGUCAUUCCAUUUGUGCACAGGUGUGUUAACAAAACAUAUUGAUUAGGAAUACUACUGUGUCCAGCAGGGUGCUGUUUUCGGCAUUCAUUUUUGUUACAAUUUUGUAUUGACAACAGAGGGAUUGUAUCAUUUAUUUUUGAUGCAUGGUUUACACAUACUGUAUUCAAGUAACUAUGUGAUCAAUUGUUCACAUGUUAACUGUUUUGUCGCUUAAUCUAUAGACCAGUAUAGAUAUAAAUGAUGCAGCUGAUGAUAAAGUUUGUUACAUUGUAAACAACUAACAGAUAUACAUGUAUACAAAGCACCUAUUUCCCCUAAAUGACUAUAGACUCGUCUGUAAUCAGUAUGCUAAUCAAAGUUUAAUAGGACAGGUCAUUUUGGUCGGACUAUACCAGUAAUGUAUAUUCAAUUAUAAAUAAUGUUUUGAAAAUAUAUUACUUUUUUGGUAAAUUAUUACACAAUCAGUUAGUUGUGCAACAAUAUUGAAAGGUAUUGAUGGCGAGUUUUUUUGUGUAAGCAUCCUUACAUUAUAUGUAGAUUUUGUGUAAUGAUCAUGAUCUUAAGAUUUAUUUUAAAUUAUGAUUUUCAGGUUUGACCUAAACUCAUAUUAUUCAUAAUGAUUUUCCCCAGAUUUCUUAGUAAUUAAAUAUAAAAAAUUUGGAAAUAUAGCAACUGUCAAAGUAAUGAAUCAGUUGUAUUUUCUGACCCAAGUUAAUGGAUAAUUUUAGUAAAAAAAUAUGUCAAGUGCUUCUGUUUACUUGUCUAGGUAGCCAAAUUAAUCCUUACUCAUGGGCCAGAGCAGUUAAACACAUAUUUAACUAUGUAUAUUAUAUGCAUGUACAUCCCUCAUGUUUAGUCAUUCUGAUAGAUAAUAAUAAUUUAUUGUACAUUAUGAAAUACAUUAACGUAUAUUGAAAGUUCAGUGUACACUUUGUAGUUGUUAAAAAAUAAUUAAAUAUUUGUUUAAUUAAUGAUAUUUUAUUUCAUUACUGUUGUCAAAAGCAUGCAUACAAAUGAAAUAAGAACUGUAACAGUUGUAUGUUUCGCAAAAGGUUUUUCCAUUUAUGCGUACAGUUGCUGUAGUGGUCUGUUCAGCAAUAAAAUCAGUCACUGUUUUUUAAAUCAUUAUUUGCUUUGAUUUUAUCAAUUUUACAUGUCCAAGAUAAAGAAAUAAGCAACGGUAAUUGCUUUAAUAUACAAAAGUAGCCCCUGAUUGUGGAUUUACCUGAUUUGAUCGGGUGAACACAAAUAUAUUAAAGUUAAGCUUUGGAAUAAAAAAACAAGAACACUCACAAUUACUUAAAAUAAAGUAUGAUUUAUUUUUAUACAUUAAGCAUGUUUAUCAUAAUUCAGUACAACAAACAUUGGAGAUGUGACUUUUGUGUGUAAGCUGAGAUUGAGGACUUUGUCACAGUAAACGAAUAAGAAUGGUUUAAUCCGAGAUUAUUCCCAUGUAUAUUAAAUUCAAAAAAUAAAUAACAUGAAAUACAUAUGUUUGAAACAAGUAUAACCGUGCUCUCAUGUUACCACUGAUGGAAAUAUGGAGCUAUUUAAAAAAAAAAA